CACAGUCAGUGAAUGACCAGAUAUUGUCUUCAAGACUUCCACUUGAGACUGACCGAAUUCAGGCAGGAACUUUCGAAACAAACUUAAGAUGACAUUGUUGAAGAUAGGCUACCAGUUGCUGCGGUCGGCUGUCCGAAAACAGAGAAUUUCGCCGUUCCGGAACGUUGUUGCCACUCAGAUGUCGCCAGACGACGCUGUCAGUACGAGCGCUGAAGUCGACGAGGAACUCGUGCCGGCGCCACAGAUUUCGCGUGUUGACCGCAUUAACGAUACAACCAUUUGCGUCAGCUUCUCCGAUGAUACCCACUGUAACUUCAGCACUGUCUGGUUACGCGACUCGUGUCGCUGCCCUGUAUGCGUUCACCCGCUUACACAGGGCCGCAAGAUAGACUGCACCCAUUUUAGUCCGAAAAUUCGUCCCUUAUCAUGGGCUUUGCGGGAUUCUGGAGUUUUAGAAAUCAGCUGGCCACAAGAUGAGACUGGAAAACACACGGGCAUGCUAAAAGGUGCUUCUAUUAAGGAACGACAAAAACCACACGUGUCGGUUUUUUCUUCAGAAUGGUUGUACCAAUUUCGGCCUCUGUUCGAACGCUCAACGUCGGCAAUUUCAGAUGCCGUGCAAAUUGAGGAUGAAACAUACUCUCCGCGCACCUCGGUCAUCUUGUGGAACGCCGACGAGUUUGAAGAGGAUCCACCUGAAGUGCCAUACCGUGAUUUCCUGUCCGAGAGGUCAGCUCUCAAGCAGGUCUUAAAAAAUGUCGCUAAAUUCGGACUUUGCGUCAUCAAAGGUGUGCCAGCAGAGGAAAAUGAAAUUGCUCGGGUGGCUAGACGCAUGGGUUUUAUCCGUGAGAUCGGCUGCGGACAAACGUUCCAUAUAGGGCGGCCCUCGGAGCGUCAUUCGGGUAACAUGGAAACAACUAACAAUCUUAAUAGUAAGGCCUACCGCGAAUGGUCGCCUGGGAUUCAGUUGCUACACUGCAUUCGUAAUGAUCGGCCUACACUAUCCAGUGAUCUUGACUGUAUGGCAAAACACGAGUUCAUUGACGGCUUCGCCGCUGCCCAGUGGUUAAGAUAUCAAGAGCCGAACGCGUUUACCGUCCUCACUCGCACUCCUGUGACGUUCAGUUUUCUCGAUGUUGAACGUGACAGGUGGCACCGUGAGACAAAUCCGAUCAUUACUUUAGAUUCACGUGGUCAUAUCAGAGAAGUGCAUUAUAGCACUCUGUCGAUGAGACCGCCGCUGCUGCCGACUACACAGAUGCACGACUUCUACAACGCGUUUCGUCUGUUCUCCAAACGUUUGCAAGACCAGAAGCUGGUUUUCGACCUGCAAAUGCAGCCUGGGGAUCUCGUGAUUUUUAACAACAGACGGGUUAUCGAGCGAGGCACCAACGAGAUGGAUACAUCGAGCAACGUCUUUUUUAAGGGAUGCUACAUGGAUGUUGGCGAGGUUUUAGCUCUCUAUGAAAAAAUCAAAAAGGAUGACGCUAUUGAUGAAAAAUAGACCGUAGAACUUGCCGAAAAUUUAUGACUGGACGUUUAAAGUGACAUAUUUGCAUCAAAAAUGCUGCUAAUCAGUCCCAGAUGAACCUCAUUCCUUCGGCGGCUACCUAUGCCGCGAGUACUUUCUUGCAACUAUUUGCUACAAAUUUAGAACAUGGUUUUAUAGAAAGGAAUGCAUAGUUUAUCCUCCUGGCAUCAACGAUCCUUGUGGCACUACAUAUUAUGAUAUCCAUGAUGUCAUGCCAUGUAAAUAUGUAAAUAUAUUCUAAGACAAUGCUGUGACGUAUUGGGUGGUAUGCGUCCAUUUACUACGUAUACGAUUUGUGCCCGAGGUGAGUUAGAGUUCUAUCGCUAACGGGAAAAUAAAACAUACACGCUUUGUACUCUACCUAG